AUGAUCGCCGCCGCGUUUGUGUGUGUGCUGGUGUUGGGGUUGGGUGCAGCCGACGCCGGGGUGGACGUUGAGGAAGAAGAUCUCAUCCCGAAACUUAGAUUCUAUUACAGCGCCUUGGAGGCCUACGUGGAGCUACCACUGGAGACGGCGGAGCGCAUUCUGUCGACACCUUGGCAUAAUGCCUCGCGCACCAAUGUAAUAUUCGUUCAUGGUUUCACGGGAAAGCCAACGGGUCCAGCAGUGACGGCGCUAGUGGAAGCUUUCCUGAAGCGCAGUGACAGCAAUGUAGCUCUACUGAACUGGGAGGGGCUGGCAGCCGCCGUGGGGGCGGACCUCGCCGCCUCCUAUCUCAAAUGGGCUGCGCCUAAUGCUCGGAAGUUGGCCCGACGUCUCGCGGACACGCUGGCGCGGCUGUCAGUAGCGGGUCUAAAGCUGGAGCGUACGCAGCUGGUGGGGCACUCGCUGGGCGCGCACGUGCUGGGCCUGGCCGGCAACGCGCUACGCCAGGAAGGAGUGCUGCUGCCUUGGAUAACAGCCUUGGAUCCUGCAGGCGUGGGGUUCAAAGGCAAACCUGAAUCGGGGAGGCUAAACGCCGGCUCAGCAGCAGUGGUUGUUGCGGUGCACUCCGACCCUCACAAGUAUGGAUACCGGCGUGCCUUGGGAACGGUAGACUUCUGGCCGAAUUACCGGCCCGGGACUGUGCGUCAGCCCGGCUGUCCUGAGAAGACGGGACAGAGAUUCUCACCGGAAGACUUAUGCAGCCAUAACCGCAGCUGGCAGUUAUUUGCGGAGGCGGUGUCGCGGCCCGGCGCAAUCAUCGGCAGUCACGCGAGGAACUAUAGAGAGUGGAACUAUUAUUCCACAGACCAGAGGAACGCUUCUACGCUAGAUCUGGACGCUUACGGGAAGACAAUCGUUCCGGGCAACUACUACUUCAUCACGAUGGGCGAGCCGCCGUACGGCCUGGGCGAGGCCGGAUUCUAA